AUGGAAAAUAAAUCCUUUGGGAACAGUCCCUUCAAGAGAUACCAAGGCACUGAUGAAGAAAUUUGCGAGAUUCGCUGUUAUUUGGAGCCUUCCUGUGUGGCUUACAGUUAUGGACCAGUUAACGAUGAAUCAUCAGUUUGUGAAAUGAGUGACUCUCAGCCGUCAUUCGGGGAGCUCCAAUCAAGAAAUGGUUUUAUUUACCGUUCCAUACAUAUGGUAAGAAAGUUGAAGGCAGUUUAUAAUUGCUUCUCUUAUUAUAAGAAUUCAGUAAAAUGCUUCAAUUCAUAUUCUGAUCGGUAUAGAUAAUGACUCUUCCAAAAAUGUCACACAGUAAAAACCAAAACGAAAACACCUUAUAUUGCAUCCCACUUUGGAAAGAAACGGAAUAAAAACCGGGGGGGGGGGGGUCUUUACAGACCCUCACUCAAGCUAAGUCUCCAUGGCAAAAAAAUGUAAACAGUGAUGUUCUGCCGAAUAUUCAAUUUUUCUUUUGAGAUGUCAUGUAGUUUUAGAUUUCCUAUAUGUAGUUGAAGCAUUGCCUUUAAGUAUUCGUCCCUCAGAUUUAUAGUAACUCGAUGUAAAGAUAAAAGGGAUAAAAACAUGGAUUUAAAUGGCAAAAGUAAAUAUGAUGAGUUCAAUUUAUGAAAAUGUUGAAUUUCAGCGUACGUUAUUUUAAAUAUAAUUUUAUGAAUAACAUUCAUUUGAAAUUAUUAAGGUUUCCAGCAGUGCUAUUAGCACAAGGCAAUUUAAAAAAAUAAAUAUUGCAUGUUUGAUCUAAAAUAUCAUUGAUCGUGAAUGUAAAGUAGGAGACUAUAAAACUACUGUAAAACGUUUUUAUUGUAUUUUAUUUAUUUCAUUUUUUUAGAAUCCCUGUUUAAGUAGCCCGUGUGAAAGCAACGCCACCUGCCUAGCAGGAUUUGGUGAUCAUGGAUACUGGUGUUUCUGCCCAGCAGGCUUCCAUGGAAAUAAUUGUCAUCUUGGUACAAGAAUUUUUUUUUUCCUUAACGCCUAAUUCACUAAAUAAAUACUGAUGGUUUUCACAGUGACAUCAUCAAAUUGCAAAAUCAAAAUAACGAGGUUGAAGAUAAUAACACUAGGUUGAAGAUAAUUUAAAAAAUUUAAAUAAACAUUUGUAGUUUCCAGCCCCGAAGCAUGUUUCAUUUCAAAAGUAUAGCAAUUUGAACUUCCGAGUUUACACAGUGCGUGACACCAAAAAAUGAAAGCUGCCUCGUUGCGCCCCCCUUGCAAAAAAGGCUCUCCUCUUGAUUUUCAGCAGUUUAAUCAUUUCAAGUAUUAAAGGAUAUGCUCGCGCACGUAUGCUAGCUCUCGAGUGAAAAGAAAGAGCUUAAGCACUGAAACACUUCUCAUCUUUCCUCUUCAAAAAGUUGAGGUCAUCUUAUUGAUAUAUUGAUCUUAUUAUUAUUUUUUAAAAUUUGAACAAAAGUAAUAUUACUCGGAUUUUUUAUUUUUUUAUUACUCCUUAACCAUACUUGAUAUGAUUGGUUUGGUCAUUUCUCUUACUGUGAAUACAGUGAAUCAUUUCUAUGAGACUGGAUAGGUGGGACUGGAAACUGUCGAUCUUUGAGAAGUGUUACUAUUAUAGUGAUUCACAGCCCGAGUCACACUCCCCCUGUGAGUCCUCCUUAUACGGCCAGGUGUCUGCUUGAAAGAGAUUUGACUUACCGACAAAAUUCUUUCUGAGAAAAAAAAUGACGUAAAAUAAGUUAAACUGUUUCCACAAUUUACAUUCCCCUCUUGUGGAUACGUAACAAAUGUUAUUUUACGCAACCUGAGAAGACACUUCACAACGCUGAUGAACUUUCAGUGAUUCGGGCGAAAUAUUUGUCUGCUUGUUUGUUUGUUUGUUUUUUUUUGUUUUGUCUGUGUUUGAGAAUUUGUGAUGCUAAAUGUUUCUACAGAUCUAGAUGAAUGCAACAAUCCAAGUGCUAACAACUGCUCGUCUAGAGCGGACUGUGCUAACACACGUGGUUCUUUCGAAUGUAAAUGCAGAAGUGGUUACAGGGGCGAUGGUGUGAAUUGUGAA